CCCCGGUCCGUAGCGGCCAUGGCGGGUGAGGGCAGAGUUCCUCCGGUGCCAUCUUAGGGCCUGGCAGCUGUGGCGGGUAGCGCCAUCUUGAGUGUUGGCAGGGGGCUGCUGAGGGGAGCGCGGCCGCCAUGACAGAUGCUCAGAGGGACAGAGGUCAGGACAGCCUUUCCUGAGAGAAAUUCCUCUUCAUACCUAUUCCUGUUGCUGCCCAAGUACCAACAGCUCCACCACGGCUGUUGGGAGUGAGUGGAAAGUAGGUUUUUAGAUUCGUUUGUGGCCAAAGGCAAAUUGAGCAGGGUCACAGCUGCCCAGCCCAGCUUCUCAGGCUGGGGGCUUGGAGGUGAUGUCCCCUCCGUUCACUCAGGGGAGCGGGAAUGGCGUCAGGAGAGCGAUGUCCUCCCAGCUCAUCCCCAGAUGCCCUGGUGAACCCCUCUAGGGUGGAGCCAGGCCUUUGGUUGCCUCCUCGUUGCCUCUCCCUUGGCAGUGGCCUUUGGUUUUCUGUCUUCUCCUGUCACUGUCUGCGACGAUGCCCUUGGCUGGAGUAGCGCUACCUGAAUCCAGCUUUUUCCAUGUCUCUCGGGACUCGGCGGAGGGUGGCUGUCCUCGCAUCACCCCAAAAGCCUGCUGUAAACGUAGAAGUGAUAAGAGCAGUCAGCUGGCUAGGAGGGAAGAGGAGGGAGGAGGAUGUUGUGCGGGGAAAGUUGAGGGUCUCUGUCUCUCAACCUGCAGAGCCCUGUGCUGACCAGAGCUUCCUCUUGGACUAACCGGUCUUAACGGCAAGGUCGCAUUCUGAUCCUUCCAAGAUGGCACCCAAAAAGAAAACCCCCAAGAAGCCCAAAGUGGUUAAAGAGGAUGCAUCCAUCACCCCAGUGAUGGUGGAAGAUGCUUUGCUAGAUGUUGAACACUUCAAUCACCUGAAUGGUUUGUACAACAGUGGCUCCAACGGCUUCCACUGCACGGCCACGGAGGUCAAAGCGCCGGACCAUGGAGCCAGCCUUCUGGAGGGUAUGAACCAGAUGCACCAGAAGCAGUUCCUCUGUGAUCUCACCAUUGCCACCAAAACAAAGUCCUUCAAGGUGCAUAAACUCAUCCUGGCUUCCUGCAGCGAGUACUUCCACCACCUGCUGCAGAGAGACCCUCAGCUGCACCGGGUGGAGCUCCACGACGUCUCCCCACUGGGCCUGACCACCGUCAUCACCUACGCCUACACGGGGAAGCUGAGCCUCUCCCUGUACACCAUUGGCAGCACCAUCGCUGCGGCCACCCAGCUGCAGGUGCCGGCACUGCUGAACAUGUGCAGCGAUUUCCUUGUUCGGGAGAUGGCUGUGGAGAACUGUGUGUACAUCGCCAACAUCUCGGCCACCUAUGGCCUCAACCAGGUGAAAGAUGCCACGUGGAAGUUCAUCCGGGAAAACUUUCUGGAGUUCUCCAAGACUGACCAGUUCAUGAAGCUUCCCUUUGAUCAGAUCAAUGAGCUGCUGAUGGAUGAUGGCCUGCAGAUACCCAGCGAGGUUGCAGCCUUCCAGAUCGCUGUCAAGUGGCUGGAGUUUGACCCGAAACGGGUUAGGUAUGCUGCUGACCUCCUGAGCAACAUUCGAUUCGGCACAAUCUCAGCUCCAGACUUGGUCAACUAUGUGCAACCUGUGCCACGCAUGAUGCAAGAUCCACAGUGCCACAAGCUCCUCGUGGAUGCUAUGAAUUACCACCUGCUCCCCCACCAGCAAAACAGCCUUCAGUCUCAGAGAACCAGGAUUCGGGGAGGCCAGAGGGUGCUUGUCACAGUUGGGGGUCGUCCAGCUUUGACCGAGAAGGCUCUUAGCAGGGAGAUCAGCUACAGGGAUGCAGAGGGAAACUGGAACAAGCUGACAGAGAUGCCAGCAAAAAGUUUUAACCAGUGCGUUGUGGUGAUGGAUGGAUUCAUCUACAUCGCGGGUGGUGAAGACCAAAAUGAUGCCAGGAACCAGGCCAAGCAUGCCGUCAGCAGCCUAAGCAGGUACGACCCACGCUUCAACACCUGGCUGCACCUGGCCAGCAUGCAGCACAGGAGGACACACUUCAGCCUCAGCUCCUGCAACGGGCUCCUCUACGCUGUCGGAGGGCGAAACGCGGAGGGUGCGUUGGCAUCUGUCGAGUGCUACGUUCCCACCACCAACAGCUGGCAGAGCAAGGCAAGCCUGGAGACGCCCCGCUGCUGCCACGCCACCACUGUCAUCGACGGCAAGCUCCUGGUCACCGGCGGCUACAUCAGCCAUGCCUAUUCCCGCACCGUGUGCUGCUACGAGCCCAGCACUGACUCCUGGAAGGAGCUGGCAAGGCUCAGCACCCCCCGGGGCUGGCACUGCGCAGCCACCGUGGCUGACCGAGCGUACGUGCUGGGUGGGAGCCAGCUGGGUCCCCAGGGCGAGCGGGUGGACGUGAUGCCUGUGGAGUGCUACAGCCCACUCACGGGGCAGUGGAGUUACAUGGCACCCCUGCCCAUGGGGGUCAGCACGGCUGGGGUGGCUCUGCUGGAGGGGCGCUUGUGCCUGGUGGGUGGCUGGAACGAGAGUGGGAAGAGGUAUCAGAAAUGCGUGCAGUGCUACAAUCCUGACCUCAACGAGUGGGCUGAGGAUGAGGACCUCCCCGAGGCCACGGUGGGUGUCUCGUGCUGCACUAUCAUCCUCCCACGCUCCCUGAGCUUCAGGUCCCGGGCCAGCUCUGUGGCCUCAGCAGCAGCCAGCACAUAAAGAGCCCUGGGUGCCACAUGGCUUAUGCCAGCAGCUAGGGAAGGAGACAGAGCUGAGGAGCAUGGCAAAGCUGGAAUGGGGAGGCUUGCUGAUGUUCGGAGUCACUGCAAAGUCUCAAAUACUCUUGUUCCAUUGUGGCAAGUUUUGGGCUCUAGGAAGGUGUCUUCUGAGCUGCCUGCAUCUCCAUCCUGCAGCUUAAGCAGGGCUUGCUCAAGCAGGGCAGGCACAGAAGCAAGCAGGACAGAAGAGCUUUUCUCCUCAGCCUGCAGCUCUGUAUUGCAGCAUGGAUUGGAAAAAAUGGAAAAAAAGAAAAAUCCUAGAAUAACACAGGAAACAUUCUACUAUAGGAAUAGUAUUGUGAGACACUUUCGAAACACCAGUAGUAUUGGUAUAGGUACAAGAAAGUGACAGGCCUAGAGCAGACCAUUGCUCAUGUAGCAUUUGUUCAUGGGACUCAUUGAAGCUAGAUACCCUCAGAUCAGGAAUAAAGUGAAUCUUAAUAGCAAGGAAGAAAACUAUUAGAGGAAUUCACCAAAAUUGCUUGCUUUUGCUCAAGCAGAGGCAAACAGGGAAGUGCCCGAGGAUGCUAUGAGACUCCAGGAGAUUUGAGAAGCAAACGAUGCCCUGAGAACAAGUAUGAGCUGGAACAGAAGCCCUUCACAUCUAAACCAGGAGCUCCCAGAUUUGUUCGUAGCCAGAUCCUGUUACUUGUACCACCAAGGUGACAGCUUGGUUUUUAAACUCAACCAGUGCUUCCCCAUUACUGUAAAAGCAGCAUCUGACCUGUAAAUGGAGAAGCGAUUAGGAAACUUGAGUUUCCAGAGGAAGCACUUGCUCAGUGCCUGGGGUCCCUCCCUGUCACUACGUCUGAGUGAGACAGUAACUGGUCUUCAUUAAAACGCUGGCUGCCCUUUCAGGGGGUGCAGGGACUGCAGGUGUCGUCCCCCCCCCCAGCACUGCAGAGCAGAGCCUUGCUCUUGGGCUGAGCCCAUCAGCACAAACCACACCCUGGCACCCCAAACCCUGCCCUGGUGGGUCUGAGAUACUGAGGUUAUUGCCAGAGCAGCAAUAACCUGUGAUGAGGAGGAGGCAAGAAAAAGUGGUUAUUUCCUGGUGGUUACAUCCACAGAUUUAACAAGACAUCACACAACAGUCACAUGCUGAGGCCAGAGUCUUCCAAUACCAGCUUCUGUUACUGGAGCACAUUAAACGUGAUCCUAGACUGGCUUAUCACCUUCGUCUCAGGCCAAGGCAGCUAUGUGCUGCUGAGCAUCCAGGCAAACGCUCUUGGUUUUGUUCUGGUCUUUUUUUUUUGCACAACAAACAGUGAGAUUGCAUCCAGGAAGCCAAUGAACUGCUCAUGGGAACCCCAGGACAAGAGCUUCAGCAAAGCAGGCUGGUUUUCACUUCCUUUCGCAACUCACCAAAACCAAGCAGCUUGCAGUAGCUACGGUUCACGUAAAGGUAUUGCUCUUUCUCUGAGAAUUCACAAUCUCUAUUAAGAGUUCGCAGCAAGCAUAAAGCUAUCCCAAGACAGAACAACAUUUCUGAUCAAAUUCUACUUUCCUCUGUGCAUUUUAGCUCACAGAGCACAUGCUGCCCUGUGUAUUUUGGAGUAGGCUCCACCCUGAACAGUGCUGGCAACCUCCCCUGGUUUACAGCUCCAGACGUGACAAGGGCAGGGUCUAGCCUUUCAGACAACACUGUGCAAUCACUGAUGUGCAGCGAUGCAGACUUGUAUGCAAGGGAGUUUGUUCCUUGAUUUUAUUAUAACUUUAUACUGUAAGAUACAGAAGAGCGAACGCUAGAGGCAGAGGCAAAGGUGCUGGUGAACUCCACUUGUGUGAGCUGUAUUGUCCUGCAGGGAAUCUUCUCAUUAAAUAAAGGCCAGUCCUCUGCA